AUGCACGCGGUAGUUGCACUUUUGCAGGUGUUGGUGGUGGUAGGCGGGCAGGCACCAAAGGCCAUCCGCGAUGUGGAGGUCCUGCAACUGGACUCGUCGCCGCCGUGCUGGCGCCGCGCCGCCGCGCUGCCGUCGCGCCGAUGCCGUGCUGGCCUCGCCGUCGUCGCCGGGAAGCUCUAUGCCGUCGGCGGCUUCAAUGGUACGUUUAUAGCACCAACAAACACACAUACACACACGCACACGCACACUACACCACUGCACGAUACUAAACGAUACCACACACACUACACGACUGCACGACUAAUAUACAUUACACCACUGCACGACGCUACAACAAAUCACACCGCUGCAUGGUACUACAAGGCACCACGCGUAUCACAUCACUUGCACGGCACUACAACACACCACACACAUCACACCACUGCACGACACUACAACACACCACACACAUCACACCAUUGCACGGCACUACAACACACCACACACAUCACAUCAUUGCACGGCACUACAACACACCACACACAUCACACCAUUGCACGGCACUACAACACACCACACACAUCACACCAUUGCACGGCACUACAACACACCACACACAUCACAUCAUUGCACGGCACUACAACACACCACACACAUCACACCAUUGCACGGCACUACAACACACCACACACAUCACACCAUUGCACGGCACUACAACACACCACACACAUCACACCAUUGCACGGCACUACAACACACCACACACAUCACAUCAUUGCACGGCACUACAACACACCACACACAUCACACCAUUGCACGGCACUACAACACACCACACACAUCACACCAUUGCACGGCACUACAACACACCACACACAUCACAUCAUUGCACGACACUACAACACACCACACACAUCACACCAUUGCACGGCACUACAACACACCACACACAUCACACCAUUGCACGGCACUACAACACACCACACACAUCACACCAUUGCACGGCACUACAACACACCACACACAUCACACCAUUGCACGGCACUACAACACACCACACACAUCACACCAUUGCACGGCACUACAACACACCACACACAUCACACCACUACACGGCACUACAACACACCACACACAUCACACCAUUGCACGACACUACAACACACCACACUAGUGUACGUUAAACAUCGAUAG